AAUGCGUGAGUGUAUCAGUAUCCACGUUGGCCAGGCUGGUGUCCAGAUCGGCAACGCCUGCUGGGAGCUGCACUGCUUGGAACAUGGCAUCCAGCCUGAUGGUCAGAUGCCCAGUGACAAGACCACUGGGGGCAGAGACGAUUCCUUCAACACAUUCUUCAGUGAGACAGGAGCAGGAAGGCAUGUUCCCCGAGUUGUGCUUGUGGACCUGGAACCAACUGUGAUAGAUGAGGUUCGUACCAGAACCUACCGCCAGCUCUUCCAUGCUGAGCAACUCACUACUGGGAAAGAAGAUACAGCCAAUAACUAUGCCCGUGGUCAUUACACAAUUGGCAAGGAGAUCAUUGAUCUGGUUCUGGACAGAAUCCGCAAACUGGCUGACCAAUGCACAGGUCUGCAGGGUUUCCUGGUCUUCCACAGCUUCGGUGGUGGCACUGGCUCUGGUUUUUACACACGAUGCUUCAGGUUCACCUGA